AUGGAGGGGGGGAUGGCGGAGGCCACGGGUGGCGGCGACUGGCGGGCGCUGUUGGAGGCGGCGUGCGCGGAUGGUAGGCGCGGCGGGGAGCAGGAGGCGGCGCGGAGGCAACUGCAGGCCCUGGUGCGCGGCGGCCACGUGGCGCUGAGCGACGUGGUGGGCGGCAUGGGACCGCACCUCACCACCGCCGACGGCGCGCUUCGAGCCAGAGGUGCGCUCCGAGCCAGAGGUGCGCUCCGAGCCAGAGGCACGGCGCUGCUAGUGGCGCUGGUGGAGGCCAUGCUCAAUGCUCGCCGCACGGCGCUGCUAGCGGCGCUGGUGGAGGCCAUGCUCGCAGUGCCGCUGCCACCGCCCACACUCGCCACUCUCGCGCGCUACUUCGCUCUCCGCAUGUGCUCGCUUGCACUCCUCUCGUUCUCCUGCUCAUCUGUCGCCCACCCCCCACUUGCUCAUUCCUCCCCUCCUCUUUCUCCCGUCCAUCUCAUCUUUAUUCGCCCCCUCCCUCCCGGGCCCCCUCUGCCCCACCUGCUCACCCGCCAGGCGGACUGGCCGUGUGUGAGGGGGGCGCUGGCGGGGGCGCUGGCGCUUCUGCAGAGGGGGGAGGGGGUGGGCGCAGUGGCGGGGGGGGACGCGGGGAGCAUGGCAGCAGCGGUGGUGGAGGUGCACGUGCAGGCGCUGCCCCAGGCUGACCGGAUGCUCGCCCUGCAAGUGCUGCGCGCCCUCCUGGAGCGCCACCUGGCAGCGGCUCCCUCCCAAGCACAGAAGGGCGUGGGAAAGCGAGCGGAGAAGGGGGGGGUGCAGUGGGCGGGGCUAGCGGGGGGAGUGGUGGCGGUGGUGGAUGGGGAGAAGGACCCGCGCUGCCUGCUGCAGGCGCUGCGCAUCGUGGCGCUGCUGGUGGGAGCUCUGCACCGGGAGGGCGGUAGCGCUGCUGUGGGCGCCGUGGCGGAGGACCUCUUUGAUGUCGUCUCUGCUUACUUCCCCGUCUCCUUCUCCCCU